AUGGUUGAGCACUCCAGAGAACCACUACCACACGAGGCGAGGCGUGUGUUUUUGCGGGAGCUCAUCGGCACUUUCACGCCUGUGUCGAAGGAUGCAGGUUCACCAAUGAAGUCCCAGUUGCCUCUCCCGUUACGUGCAGCUACACUGGCGUUGUCACCGCGGGCUCUCAAUUCGAGUAGCAGCAGCACCUGCGAAAUGGGGAGUCUCUCGACGUCUACACCUCUAAUGAGGAAUCGGCUGCCCACGUGUGGUGAACAAAAUACAUGCCAAGGUAGCACGGAGGCGUUGCCGUCUCGGGCUUCACCCAUCAUUGCAAAUGGGAGCCAAAACCCGCGAAGACGCCGUUUCAACAACGUUGCACCGAAAUAUUCGGGUGAUGCAACGUCUGUCCUGAGCUCUUCUGCACAGGCUCCUAUACCGGAGACACCCAUGCAGAGCAUAGUCACUACUUCCUCUCAUCAUUCAUCCGCAUCCUCGUCCAUUGUGCUGCAAGGUGCCGGUGGUGGACGCCGUAUCUUUAAGCGUGUCGGCAUGAGCUGUGUGUACGACAUGUAUGGUGAUGAGUCUGGGUUUACACAGAAAAAAUCUGUAUCAAAGGAAGCACAAGCUUUGUCCAGCCUGCAUUCUCAGGAGAACGAGAGCAACACUCCAUAUGUGCGUCCACAGUUCCGUCAGUCGCUCCAAUCACCCCCUUCCUCGCAGCCCGAGGGGAAAAAUGAGUCGCGAUUGGUGCACGAGACACUGCAGCCGUCUCCGGUACCCGCAACACAGAAGGUAGCAAAGCGGGAUGGGGCUCGCAAACCGGAUUUCAACGGCUCGCAUCGUCGAAGGCGCAACUGUCCUUUUCAUAAAGUUGUCAACGAAGAGGAUUUAUCUGUGGCUGAGCUGUCACACAGUGACUCGUCGCACUACAUUCGCUCGUAUCCUCUGACUUGUUCGGUCCCGGUUGGGGGGACGGCACCCGAGCCACACAGCGAAGAUCGGCCUCAGUUGGAUCGGCGGCAUUCCUUCACCGGUAGAUGUGGAGAAAGUGGGGCCGCGCCGCCAACGCCCAAAACAAGUGUCAUGUUGACACGCACUCUUUCCAAUCUUCGUACUAAGCAGCAUAGUGGUGGAAGAGACGUAUCAUCAUUGUCGCGCGGGGGCUCGUUUAGCAAAACUCCUCAGGGAACAAACGGAAACCGGCCAGCAACGCCAACAUCACCAAAAAGGACUUCACAACGUCACGCGAAACCUAUUAUACAAGAGGAAUGGGGAGAAACAGGAAGUAAUAGCAGUAGCAGGUGUAACAGCGGCGCCACCAGUGCACGGAGUUUUUUGAGUGAUAAUGAUAGUUGCUGCUCCUGCUGUUCCUGCUUCGUCCAAAACCGUCGGCAAGCACGUGGUGUUUCUUCAAACGGCACAAAAAAACGGUUUCCCGCUUCUCCUGGCAAUGAUCCUUGUGAUACCCCUAAGGUUGCAUACAAUAACUUCUUCGACGAUGAGGACAUACCUGCACUUUCUAUGCACAGCUUUCGUCGUUCAUCCGUUCUGUCUAGUAAAAUGGCUCAGGACUUGCGUUGA